AUGAGGAGUAUAGCGAGUUGUUACAGUGAGCAUGCCAUCAAAGUAUCCGAUUCAUAUUGCUCAGGCCCUUCAAACAGUGCCUAUCUCUCCCAAACCUGUACCCCUUCGAUCCCAGAUACGGUUUCUUGUAUGUACAAAGUGGAACUCUCCUCUCAAAAGAACCUCUUGAUCACCGUUACUUGGUGCAGCGAAUUCAUAUUCCGAGGCCUCAACAUCAAUAUUGAUGACAGCAAUAUUUCCUCUUCUUCAAGAAAAAGUAGUGCUAAUUCCGGCCACCGGGUUCAAGAAAUUAAGGGCAGCAGCACAUUCCAGUCUUGUAAUUCAAGGAUUGAAGUCUUUUGGGAUCUUUCCACAGCUUAUUUUGAUGCAGGACCUGAGCCGAUCAGAGGGUUUUACGUUGUUGUCUUGGUGGACUCAGGACUGGUUCUGGUUCUCGGAGACAUUGAUAAUGAAGAAGUCAACACAAAAUUGUUGAAGAAAACAUGGGUACCGUUGAGACCCUCGUUGGUUUCUCGAAGAGAGAAUUUUUCAGGUAAGACUAUGUGUUCAACCAAGGCACGAUUCUGUGAUACAGGGACUACUCAUGACAUUUUGAUCAAGUUUAGUGGAGAUCAAGAAGAUGGAUCGAAGAAUCCUGUACUGUCUGCGUGGAUAGAUGGUAAGAAGAUUCUUCAAGUGAAGAGAUUAAGGUGGAAUUUUAGAGGGAAUCAGAUAGUUUUUUUGGAUGGUCUAUUGGUGGAUCUGAUGUGGGAUUUGCAUGAGUGGUUGUUUAAGGAAAAAUCUGGUUGUGCUGUUCUUAUGUUCAGGACUAGAAGUGGGUUGGAUAGCAGGUUAUGGCUGGAGGAGGAGCAGAAGGGACAAGACAGGCCUGAGUUCUCCUUGUUGAUUUCUGCCUCCUCUACCCAUAGAACCUGCAUUUCCUGUCCGAGAAGUUCUGGUUUUCAUCGAAGGAAUUUAGUUUCUACCAGGCUUUGUGCACGUGCUUCAUUGCCAGAUAAUGGCAAUGGAGUUAAAGUGGAAUAUACACCGUGGCUAAUUGUUGGAUUGGGUAACCCUGGAAAUAAGUACCAUGGCACUAGGCACAAUGUUGGUUUUGAAAUGAUUGAUCGAAUUGCUCAAGCAGAAGGUGUUUUGUUGAACACAAUACAAUCAAAGGCUUUGAUUGGAAUAGGUUGCAUUGGAGAGGUGCCGAUUCUGUUGGCCAAACCUCAGGCAUACAUGAAUUUUAGUGGGGAAUCGGUUGGACCACUUGCUGCACAUUAUAAAAUACCUCUUCGUCAUAUUUUACUGAUCUAUGAUGAGAUGAACUUACCAAAUGGCAUUCUAAGGGUUCAGCCAAAAGGUGGACAUGGCCAUCAUAAUGGAGUAAAGAAUGUGAUGGACCAUUUGGAUGGUUGCCGAGAAUUUCCUCGAUUAUGUAUAGGCAUUGGAAAUCCACCUGGCACAAUGGACAUGAAAGCUUUUCUUCUGCAGAAGUUUAGCCCAACUGAGCGAGAGCAGAUUGAUGCAUCAUUGGAACAAGGGGUUGAGGCUGUGAGGGCCUUGAUUCGUGGUGGGUUCACCCACAAAAUUUCUAGAUUUAAUCUGGGCCAAAAGUACAAGUAUCACAAAGCCAGGGACGGGGUGGAUACGAGUCAGUGCACAGAAAAUCCUCCCCACCUCGUUCUAUGUCGGCCUAAAGAUUGGAUCCUCUUCAAGCUGAUUGGGCAAUACCUUAAAUCUGCCAAAUUGUCAUCCGCGUUCAAGAAAAAUUGA